AUGGACAAGGCAGCGCGACGGGGGCACUUGGCCAUGGUGCGCUUCCUGCACACGUACCGAAGCGAAGGCUGCUCACAAGAGGCAAUGGCGUCCGCCGCGCACCUUGGACACUUGGCGGUCGUCCAGUUUCUCCAUCAGCACCGCACCGAAGGCACGACGACAGAUGCGAUCGACUGGGCCGCGGCGUCCGGCCACCUGAGACCGUCGUUUGACAUGUGGACGCAAGUCGCUGACCUGCAGCCGCUCAUCCUGGCUUUUGCGGGGCCGCUCACGCAGUAUUUGUGCGGCGCCUUGGACGACAAGCAGCUACAGAACAAUGUCCUCACGAGCGGCAUUUGGCGCGAUGCCUUUCGCCUCGAUUGGCCCGGCGACCUCGACCGCCUCCCAGCAUUGGAGUACCUCGUCCCUAAAGACUACCGCUGCAUUCGGUCCAGAGCCAUGUACGCCAAGGUGCUCGCCAUCCGUAGCAUUGCUGGCAAGCCCUUGUACUUCAAACGUGCAUACUGCAACAAGAGCAUGCCGCCGCAUGAGCACUGUGGCCGUGAACCGUGGCCAUGCGACAUUGAGAUUCGCGCCAAGGACGCUGCGCCGAUGGAGAACCUCUGGCUCGACCUCCUCGCGUCUUUUCUCGAGCGUCCCGUCGCACUCGCGCAGGCUGCCAUCGCGGGCGGCCACAUUGAGCUUCUACGCUACCUCAACCGCGAGAAGAGCGUCGACAUCGCCGACGUUGGCUAUGUCCUGCAUUUCCCUCCGCGCGUGGCCAUGGACGUAGCUGCUACGAACGGCCACCUGGAGGUGCUUCAGCUGCUUCAUGAUGGAGGCGCAUCAUGCACCACGGCCGCCAUGGACGGCGCCGCUGCCAACGGUUACCUUUCGGUCGUUCAGUGGCUCCAUGACAACCGCACCGAAGGCUGCUCAGAGCACGUGCUCGACACGGUUGCCGGUCGCCAUCCGAAUGUCGCCACCUACCUCCUGCAACGCUACAGCAGUCUCUCGCUCUCAUCAGCAGCACUCGACGGGGCGGCGAAAGACGACUACAUCGACGUCGUGGUAGAGCUGCAUGAGAAGUGGCAUGCACCAUGCACGACCAAAGCCUUGGAUGGCGCCGCGUAUUCUGGUGAUCUGGACAUCGUUCGCUUCCUCCACGAGCACCGGGACGAGGGCUGCACGCCGCUCGCCAUGGAUGCAGCCGCUCAGGAAGGCCACUUGGACGUUGUCACGUUUCUCACCGAGCACCGGACCGAGGGAUGUACAGUGAAUGCGAUGGACCACGCGGCGCGCGGUGGCCACGAAGAUAUCGUUGUGUACCUCCAUACGCACCGGUCGGAAGGUUGCACGACGCGAGCGAUCGACUGGGCUGCGUCGGCAGGUCAUCUCUCGGUCGUUCAAUUUCUUUUGAGAGAGCGCGCCGAAGGGUUCACGUUUCGCGGUAUCUUUUGGGCCGCAAAACACCCCGAGGUCCUCGCAGUCUUACUCGAGCACGAUGUGACGAAGAAGCGCGCAGCUGACGCCGUCGACACCGCGCUAAAAUUUUCGUAUCGCGACGUCUACGAGCGGCUGCGAGCUGCGGGAUGUCUUGGCACGUCGCGCCCAUCGCACGAAAUGUCCUGGAUCGCUCCCAACCCGAACAUUUUCCUGUACAUUUCCGACGACGCUGAUGAGGACGCGUAUGACGAAGGCGAUAGCGACGCACUCCAAGUUGUCCAGUACUUGAUGCCGUGCAGGCCGUAA